GGUGAGCCUGGUCAAUCGGAGUUUCUCUCCACAGCUAAUUGACUCUUCUGCGAUUAUCGUGCUAUCUCUUCCUCCGCUCCCCUCUUCCUCCUCUGCAGACUCUUUUCUCCUCACGCCUGCCCUGCCUGCCCUUCUGUCAAUCUGGUCCCUCUUGCGCCGGUCAGCACUCAGUCUCAACUCCCAAAUAGCCGAUUUUUCGGGUAACGACCGCUCGCAACCAUGACGACCGAAAAGCCCUUGCCAUUCGUUUACCAAUUCGCCGCCGGCGCCGUCGCCGGUGUGUCUGAAAUUCUUGUCAUGUAUCCAUUGGAUGUUGUCAAGACGAGAAUGCAGCUUCAAUCUGGUGCUGGCACCGGUGAAGAGGUAUACAAGAGCAUGUUUGACUGCUUUGCCAAGAUUAUUCGCAACGAAGGUGCCUCCCGUCUCUACCGCGGUAUCACGGCGCCAAUCCUGAUGGAAGCGCCCAAGCGUGCCACCAAGUUCGCCGCCAAUGACAGCUGGGGCGCGUUCUACCGCAACCUCUUCGGCAUCGAGAAGACAAACCAGCCGCUUGCUAUCCUCACUGGCGCCACCGCCGGCGCCACAGAAGCCUUUGUCGUCGUACCAUUCGAGCUCGUCAAGAUCCGACUACAGGACAAGGCACAGGCACACAAGUACAACGGGAUGAUCGACGUAGUCAGCAAGAUCGUGAAGCAAGAAGGGCCGUUGGCACUAUACAACGGGCUGGAAUCAACUCUCUGGCGCCACAUUCUCUGGAACGCCGGUUACUUUGGCUGCAUUUUCCAAGUCCGCGCAAACCUACCCGCGGCCGAACCCGACAACAAGAGCCAGAAGGUCAUGAACGACUUGCUCGCCGGCGCCAUCGGCGGUACUGCCGGCACAAUCCUCAAUACCCCCAUGGAUGUCGUCAAGUCGCGCAUCCAGAACAGCCCCAAGGUCGCCGGUACCGUGCCAAAGUAUAACUGGGCCUGGCCCGCUGUUGCAACGGUUGCGCGCGAGGAAGGCUUCGGCGCCUUGUACAAGGGUUUCCUGCCCAAGGUGCUCCGAUUGGGUCCUGGAGGUGGUAUCCUCCUCGUCGUGUUCACCGGUGUGAUGGACUUUUUCCGUACCUGGCGAGGGGAGUAAUUGUGACGAAAACUGAAAAAAAAAAAUAAAAAAUAAAACCAAACAAAAUCAAAAUCAAAUUAGAAGUACUGCACGACCGGAUCGAUACCCUUGACUUGAAUAGAGGCUAGCUAACAGAAACUGCCCGCCCAUACGAGCUCGAAUCUCGAUUUACCAGCAUUAAGAAUGUAUAUUACAUACACCAAGCAAAGCAUUUCUUCCUACGAGACUAUUCAAAUGUUAUUUCUAUUUCCUGUGUCCUCUUUUACCUCCAUAGAAACAUUUCACUUGAAGCUUUUAUUACAUAUGGAAAGUGCCCAAUCAACAUGGGACGUACAUGUACGUUUCAUGUCUGAUCCAGUUAUUACCAUUAGCCGUAUAUGCUUGUAUUAUAU